AUGUCGCUUCAGCUUCCAAGAUCAGUGUUGAGCAGAGCUCUGCGCAGUGGACUGGCCCGGCAACGACUCGCAGCCACAGGCGCUCACUGUCAACCGCGGACCCGUCUUCUAGCUCAGCGAUCAUUCUCGGACUCGAAUACCGCCCCCGAAGAACCAUUCGCUGAUAACGAGCCCGAACCCUCUUCCAAUUCUCGAGCCGCUCCAUUGACUCGCGAUGGAGCCUACAAGGGCCGCAGACUGGGCGGCGACAAAUCGGUCGCGGAGAAGGACAAGCGGAAGCAGGAAGAGCGCGCGUUGAUGGCGAUCGCGGGCGGGUCCAAUGCUGAAGAUGGUGAAAUAAACGACGGAAAACGUGGCGCCAGCUUUUCCCGAAAGACGAUCGAUAUGGAACUGAAAUGGCUGGAAGACCCCCGUGAUCUGGCGGAUCGGGUCGCGCGCAUUUUGAAGAGCGGCGAUCCGGCUAUGGCGGCGGCACUGGUUCGUCAGGCGCAGAAGGAAGGAAGGCGGUGCGAUGUGGCCUGGAAUCAUCUCCUCAGUUACUGCAUGGAACGAGGGUUCCCGCAGGUGGCUUUUAAGUUCUAUAAUGAUAUGAAAAAACGGGGCCGUAUGCCUUCUUCCGUGACGUAUACGCUCAUGCUUAAGGGCUUCGCCGAUGCCCCGAAAUCUCUCGCCAAUGUCAAGACAGCGGAGUCUAUCUACAAGUCAAUCAAGAACUCCGAGAUUGAGCCCAACAUCAUUCACACCAAUGCCAUGCUCCAGGUUUGCGACCGUCACCAUGAUAUGGAAUCACUGUGGCGUAUCGCCGGAGAUCUCCCAGAAGAAGGCCCAGAAGCGCCGGACAUGAGAACCUACACCAUCAUCCUGGGCGCUCUCCAAUUUGCAGCGCGUGAUGACAUUCAGAAGAUCGAUCCCAACGAGACAGAUAAGAUUGUUGAACGCAAAGACCAGAUGGUCACGGAGGGUAAACGGAUUUGGGCUGAUGUUCUUUACCGAUGGACGAAAGACCAGCUGCCCAUUGACAACCACGUCGUGAAUGCCAUGGCUAGUCUGCUUUUGGACGGCGCCCGUGAGCGUGACUACUACGAUGUUCUCGCACUCUACCACCAAACAAUGGGAAUCCCCAUCUUUGCAAAGCAGCCAGCAGAAACCUCCAAGUGUUCUCGAUUCACCAUGUCCCGCCUGACCUUUUUGAGAAGAUCGCAAGAAUUGGUCUCCUCACGCACAGAUGAUGUUCCGUUUGUGGACGAGAACAAUCAACCUUUGCGACAAGAAGAGCCUGAAACGGAGACUUUGAAGGACGAAGAGGAAGAAGGGGAGGAAGGGGAAGAAGUUGAAAAUUUUGACAUGAUCUUUGAACCUGUUGUCCCGAAGUCUGAGAGUCUGUCUUACAUUCAACCAGGUAGCAAGGAGAUUACUUUUAUUGAGGAUGUUUGUCACAGACUGCCUCAGGGUUUCGCGGCAGGCUACGCUUACUGGGAUCACUUGACACUUGAGUCUGAAGCCCGCAUCGAUCCCGAUGCGGUCGCUUACGCCCAGUAUCUACGUCUCCUCCGUGCCGGACGGGCUAGCAAGAGGACGGUCCAAGUUUUGCAGAACCAAGCGCUUCCAUCGGGUCUAGCAAAGGAGAAGCUAUUCCACAUUGCCAUGGCUUGCUGUCGCCGUGACCGCAAUAACGCUUCGGUUCUCCUGCACGCGAACCAGCUCCUAGAGGUGAUGCACAAAGCUCUGGUCCUCCCCGAUCCCCGCGUCCUUGAGUCAUACCUGGAGUUGGUUCAAGCUCUCUCCCAAGCCCCUCAUGUUCUCUUACAUCUCAGGGGACUGCCUAAAAAUGAGCGCAGCAAAAUCACCGACCUGAAAGUCCUGGGCAAGAAGCUGCAAGCAGAUUUGCGCCUUGCUGCGAUUGGUGCGUUGCGCCCUCAUAUUUUGCAGCUUCACGAGGCCUUGGAACGAGGGAAGCCGGGUCGGACUAGCCGCUGGGGUGCUUUGAAGAAUGGCUCCGCGAAUCUUUCCGGCUCAUUGGCCGUGAAGGUGAUGGCUCGUGUCCGCACCGUGAUCGACGAGACUUUGAAGGCCGAAUUCGCACCCUUUGUCCCCAAACCCGAGCGCAAGGACCUCCUGUCAGAGUCGAAAUUGCUGAGGACGUAUUCUGACAAAGACACGUUGAAGAAAUUCAGCACAUUGUCCGUCCACCCCACCAUUGAACAGUGGAAUGCUUUUAGGGAGCGACAGUUGGAGAUCGAGGAGGAGGUCCCUGUGCUUGAAGAGCACAAGGAAGGCAAAUCCGAAACCUAG